AUGCGAGUAUCGUCGGACUCGUAUCCCCCUGCAUCAUUUAUGCUUUUUGUGGGGCUUUUGGGUUUCACGCCUAGAUCGGAUAAUGAUUGGAACCUGAUUGAUUAUUCCGGUGGGUGUGUGAGAGAAACUGGCCUGCAAUGCGGGAAUGCAAGUGCAGGUAAUGGGAAGAGAGAGAGCUUUUGGGUGCAAAAUCAAAUGGUUUUGCCCCAAUAUUCUCAACCAGUGGCAGUUCGUGGUGCUGCAGAAUGUGAAUCCACCUGUUUGAACAACUGCUCUUGCACUACCUAUACUUACGACAGCAGUGGGUGUUCAAUCUGGGUUUUAGACCUCUUGAAUCUGCAACAACUUCCACAAGAUGGCGAAGGAGAUUGGUCAAAGGCAGGUGAGGGUUCAUUGGCGGCUUUCGGCUACAAGGAUUUGCAAAAUGCGACCAAAAAUUUCUCAGAAAAAUUGGGCGGAGGAGGUUUUGGCUCUGUUUUCAAGGGAACAUUGCCUGAUUCAACCGUCACCGCUGUGAAGAGGCUUGAAAGCAUCAGCCAAGGAGCGAAGCAGUUUCGGACAGAAGUUAGCACAAUUGGGGCAGUCCAGCAUGUCAAUCUUGUACGGCUUCGUGGGUUUUGCUCUGAAGGUGAUAUAAAGUUGUUGGUAUAUGAUUACAUGCCAAAUGGCUGA